AUGCCAUUCAGGUGCUUUCAGAAACGCAGCCUUACCAGAGCUCGGCUCUCCGACGCCCUCAACGGCCGGCGCUGGAGGUUCUUGCAAAGCAGCCCGGAUGACUCCCAAGCCGGCCUCCCUCCUCUCGGCCGCAGCCUCCUCACCCAGCCCACAAAGGGGCCGGUCCCGAUUCUACUCCGCACCAAACCUGAGGCUCUGCGCGAGACCCGGCCGGGAUCCAGAAGGAUAGCCGUGGAGCCCCAGAGCUGCACCUCCAGGCUCAGUCGGACGCAGCAGGCCAGGGAGGAGACGGUCGCCCAGACUCAGUAUUGCCUCAGCAGACACCCGCUGGCCCUCUAUCCUCACCUGGCAGAAAGCAUCCCUCUCGAGCUUUUCCGAGAGGUUGUGGGUAUCCUGGAUCCUGAGAUGCUUCCAGAAGAAGAGGAGGCUGGUAUGGAACAGGAGUGUUUUGCUCUGUCUACAUCACAACCUCGGUUGGAGGGUAAAGGAAAGAGAAAGAUGAAGCCCAAGAACAAGGAUCCGAAAAGCAAGGACCCUUACACGUGGCUCUCCAAACCAGAAGUGGCCGCAAGGGAGAGGGAGGCCAGGCUGAAUUACGUCCCUCCCCUCGAUGACAAUGUCAAGGGAGCCAUCAAGGAGUUCUGUAGAUGGUUUGAUUCUCUGGGAGGAGAGAGAUAUAACAUCGACGAAGCCGCCAUUGUAAGUCUGUUUGACGAACAUUACGAAACCAAACUGCCCACCUUGGUCCCGAUACAUGUGGUGGAGCUGAAUAAUUUGCCGGCCGAGCUGAGGAAAUAUGUGGAAACACCACCUCCCCAAGACCCCAGGGAAAGGCCUGCCCCGCCAGGAAGCCAGUCUAAGGAACUUUACCGGCCCAAGAGGGAGAGGAUCAGGUAUGGCGCCUGGUAUCUGGACCCAAAGACAUGGAAAAAACAGAAAGCCAGCGAACCUUUAGAAGAUCCCCAACUGGAGGAUGCGAGCGUCAAGAACGCAUGGAAGAUAUUGGCUGAAAAGGAUGCUGAGAUUAUGCAGCAGCUUUAUGGAACCCACGCUUUUAAGGAAUUCCUGGAAAGGAAAGGCUACCGGAUCCCAGAGUUCCUGCAACAGAUGUUAGCUGUCCAGAAGGCUCUUGGACCCAAAACCAGAGCUGUGAAGGGCUCCAGGAAUAAAUUCCAGAGACGCAAGGAGCUCCAAGAAGACGCACCCUCAAAUACUGUGAAUGAAUGA